CUCAGUGUGUGGGUGAGAGGAGCAGGGUGUCCCGCCAAUUCUUUUUACUUUAUCCAGGACUUUUUCUUAACUCUAACUUCUCUCAACUGGGAAAAAAAAAGCACAGCCUGAAGAUUGAGAAUUGUGUUUUACUCAGCCGACUUUGUGAGGACUUAAGCCCAGAAGACAGCCUCUCAGAUGGCCCUGAGGGACUGCUCUGAAGAGGCAGGCAGGAGCCAGGUUAUACAGGAGUUUUUGCAACAAAAACCAGGGAGGACACCCAGUGAAAUGCAUCCCUGACCUGACUGGAGCCAAGAAACAAGAAAAGAAAUAUCCAGAUCUCUCAGCCCCAUUGUACAGGCGGUGGUCACAUUGAGACUCUCAAGAUGGCAGCCAUAGCCCUCUCCCCAAUAUGGGCUCUGCCUGCACAGGACUCUGCCUUUUUCUGUGUGAGAAAUACUGAGGGGGAAAGGGUAGUGGCUGGAUUCCCAGCAACCUGUUUACAGGGACCAGUGACCUUUAAAGAUGUGGCUGUGGAGUUCACCCAGGAGGAGUGGAUGAUGCUGGACUCUACUCAGAAAAGUAUGUACAGGGAUGUGAUGUUGGAAAACUACAUAAAUCUCACCUCAGUGGAAUGUCAGUUAUGCAAGCCUGUAGUCUCCCUGUUGGGUCAAGAAGACAUAAGAACUGUGAAAAGGAGAAUUUCCCAAGGUACCUGUCCAGACUGGGAGAGUCAACUGAACACCAAAGAAUCAACAGCUAAGCAGCAUAUUUGGGUGGCAAAAUCAUCCAGUGGUGUGAAAAUGUUAAGAUUCACAGUGGAUGAUUGGCCUUCCACAUUAAGAGAAGACUGGGAAUGCUGCAGGAUCAGAAGACAGCACAAGAUCCCAAAGGGAAUUUUAAGGCAAGUGAUGCUUACUCAGAAGACGGCACCUCAGGAGAGAUCAUAUGAAUGUCAUGGAUUGGAGGGAUACUCUAAACUUAGAUCAAAACGUGGUUUUUCAAAGAGCGUUUCCACCAGUAAACAUUGUCAUAAAUGUUACUUAGAUAUUGAGUGUUUAAAGCAUAAUUCAAUCCUAAACAAUUACGGGAAAAACUCUGUUGUAAAUGAGAGGGUCUGUGAAAGCCAUGAAUAUCAUAGGUCUCAGCUUGAAAGAACUCAGACAGCACAGAAAGAGCACACCUGCUCCAGACAUGGUGUGCCUUUCAUAUUUAAUAAUGUGCUUCCUGUAUGCAGCAGUUUCCAUAUGGCGGUGAAUUCCUAUGAAUGCAGUAAAAACAAAACCUUUUAUCCUCAUUCAUCCCAUAAGCAACAGGAGCAGACUCCUACUGGAGAGAGACAUUAUGAAUGCCAUCAGUGUGGAAAAGCCUUUAAAAGGAUUUCUAAUCUUAUUUUGCAUAAGAGAAGUCACAAGACUGAGAAACAACAUGAAUGUAAGGAAUGUGGGAAAGUCUUCAGUGAUUCCUCAACCCUAAGGAGACAUGUGAGAACUCACACUGGUGAGAAACCCUAUGAGUGUAAUCAGUGUGGGAAAGCAUUCAGUCAAAAAACAUCUCUUAAGGCUCAUGUGAGAACUCACACAGGAGAGAAACCUUAUGAGUGUAAUCAUUGUGGGAAAUCCUUUGGCACAAGUUCUUACCUCAUUGUGCACAAGAGAAUACACAGUGGGGAGAAACUCUAUGAAUGCGAUGACUGUGGAAAAGCCUUCAACACAAGCUCUCACCUUAAAGUUCACAAGAAAAUACACACUGGAGAGAAUCUUUAUGAAUGUACUGACUGUGGGAAAGUUUUUAGUGGUCUCUCAUCUCUUAGAAUGCAUGUGAGAACUCAUACUGGGGAGAAACCCUAUGAAUGUAAGGAAUGUAGGAAAACCUUCAGUGUUUCCUCCUCCCUUCAGAGACAUAUGAGAACUCACACCGGAGAGAAACCCUAUGGAUGUAUUCAGUGUGGAAAAGCCUUCAGUCAGAGUUCUUCACUUACUAUACACAAGAGAAUUCAUGCUGGGAGAGAAACCUUGUAACUGUUAAUGAAUGUGGGAUUGCCUUUUUCAUUGGCUUAAGGUGGAUUCCGAGCUCAUUAUUUCAGUCUUUGUUCUCUAAAAUAGGCACUUAAGGCGAUAGAUAGUCCUAUAAACACCCCUUUAGCUGAGUAACACAUCUUGGUCUGUGAUCACUUAUUUUGUUUUAAUUCUAAAUGUUGUCUAAUAUUCAUUAUGACUUUAUGGCUUUUCUGAUCCAUGGCUCUUUAGAAUUAUGUGUUCUUAAUGUUUUCAGUUGCGUCGCUGUUGGUGUCUAGGUUAACUGCACUGUGUUUGGAGGACCUGGGCUGUAUGAUGCUACUUCAUCGGUAUUUUCUUGAGAGUCGCCCUCAGGCCGGUGCAGCAGAUACUGCUGGUGGCCAGUGAACACCCAGUUCAUCCCUCCCUACUGACAACCCUACUUUAGCUCCAGUACCGACGUGGCUAGUUCUCAGCCUCCUGGCCGCCAGGCAUGGCCCUAUCCCUCCUUCCUGAUUAAUCAAAUAUAGACAGUCUCCCUGGGGACAGAUCUAUGUGGUGCUUCCUCUUUGCCUUUUGUGCCUUGUCUUUCUGCCUUCCCUAGGCUUCUCCCUUUGGAUUUUGCAUUCGUAGGGCUGAACGAGGAUGACAACCAUGGCCUAAGGAUGGUGUCAGAGAGGCCCUGGUUUCCCAGAGGCAUCUUCAGAGAGCUGUGCCAGCACUGCAUGGCUUAUGUAUCGGCAUCUUUUCACGUGAGAAGAAUAAGCUUACUGAUUUUUUUUUCCAAAAUAGUACGUGAACACAGGCAAUGUAGUCAAUACAAACAAGUAACCUUGUUUUAAAAAAAACCAAAAAACAAAAAACA